ACUGUCGCUGUUUACCUGAGAUUACCGUGGAAAACCUGUGCAAAUGCCAAGUCCUUGAUGAAAUAGACAGAUUAUUGAUCAUUUGAGUGCACACUCCAGAACCUUAUGCAGAUUUCUCAUCUGCAUCAUCACCAUCACUGAGCUCAUUCAACACUAUCAAAACAACAUGGACGAAGCAUAUAUAAGAGGGAGAGCGUCGCUCCUCUCAAGCGUUCCAAUCCGUAAUCAAAUCACCAUGAUCAUCAAACCUCUCUUGUCACUGGUCGGCCUCACCGCACCCUCCAAGAACAUAUGGGCGAACACAACGAAUGUCAUUGCAUUCGGAGACUCUUACUCAUAUGUUCUGGGCACAUCGGGACGUCAGAACUACAGUUUCAUUGGAGAUUAUCAAAACCUCGGAUUUUCAAGCCAAACACUUUUGAACAACAAGAUUGUCCAAAGUCAAACCAGCACAGCGGAAGGUGGUCCGAACUGGCUUGAGCACCUCACAGGCUGUGGAGUCAAUGCUGGCACCACCUCACCCUUGGACUGCAACAUUCAGCUUUGGGACUUCGCAUUCGCUGGGGCGGAUAUUGGAACACAGUACACUCCUCGACACAAGUACUUCACAGUUCCGCUUGUGAACCAAACUCAACAGUUCCUUACAUACGCCCAACCAGCUCUUGCCAACAUCACUACUCCUGAAUCUACCUUGGCUUCUUUCUGGAUCGGCACAAACGACAUCUUCGACACUGCCACCUCCACCGUCCCUUUCAAGACCGUCUACACGAACAUGAUCGCUACUCUCUUCGCCUCGAUGCAAACCAUCCACGACGCUGGCUACCGCAACUUCCUCGUCAUGAACCUAGCUCCUCUCGACAAGACUCCCAAGAACGUCCUCAAGCGCCGCCCACUACCAAACACCAACAUGGUUAACCAAUUCAACUCCAUCCUUGCCAACCAGGCCGCCGCUUUCCAGAAGAAGAACGCAGACUCCAAUGUUGCCCUUUUCGACACCAACACCUUCCUCAACGGUGUCCUGAAGAAUCCCGGACAGUAUGGUAUCAAGAACACUACCGGGUUUUGCGCAGCUUGGAACCAGCCUAAUGUUGUCGCCAACGCUGGACAAUAUGGUUGUCAGCCCAUGGAUGAGUACUUCUGGUUCAACACUGCGCAUUUGACCACGCAUGUUCAUGAGAUCUUGGCGACAGAGGUGCAGAAGUUCUUGAGUGGAAGCUCAUGAAAUAUGAAAAUGUUUUGAUUUCUGGCGCAAGGGUAUAGACAUAGACUUGAAUGGCAUGAUAGAAGGAUGAUUUUCUGGUUUGUGUAGCG